GGCAGCAACUGUAAGGAUGAAGCUUCUUUCCUUCCUCAAUUCAAACCCCUAUAUAUCUGUUUAUAGCAAGUGUUCCUAUAUUGAGCACAAUUCGGAUCUCUUCUCGUUCCUAAAAAUUUAUAUAUAAUAAUCGUAUUAUACUCUACUUUUCUUUUUUGUUACAAGCAAACCCAGAAUUCACGUGCUACUUGGUUCUGAGGUAUAAUUCAUAUGUGUGAAGAUAAAGGGUAUUUUGAGAUGGGUAGGUGGAACAGGUUUGGUGGGGUUUUUUUUAGCAUUGCAUUGGCGGCGGUGGCGGUGAGAGUGGGGGUGAAAGGGUAUCCAGCGGAGGAUCUGGUAGUGAAAUUACCUGGUCAGCCGCCAGUUGGGUUUAAGCAGUAUGCUGGGUAUGUUGAUGUAGAUGUAAAGGCUGGGAGGAGCUUGUUUUAUUACUUCGUUGAAGCUGAUAAGAACCCUGAGAAGCAGCCCCUCACUCUCUGGCUCAAUGGAGGGCCAGGGUGUUCCUCCGUGGGAGGGGGUGCUUUUACAGAAUUGGGUCCAUUUUAUCCUAGAGGUGACGGCCGAAGCCUUCGAAUAAAUUCAAUGUCAUGGAACAAAGCAUCAAAUCUCCUGUUUGUUGAGUCCCCUGUUGGUGUAGGCUGGUCUUACUCAAAUACAUCUUCAGAUUAUAUCCGUGGGGAUGCUUCCACUGCCAAGGAUAUGUAUAUUUUCAUGAUGAAAUGGUAUGAGAAGUUCCCAGAAUUCAAGUCCAGAGAACUGUUUCUUACUGGAGAAAGCUAUGCAGGACAUUACAUACCACAGUUGGCUGAAGUUCUACUGGAUCAUAAUGCACGAUCAAAGGGUUUUAAGUUUAACAUCAAAGGAGUUGCUAUUGGGAAUCCUCUUCUACGACUUGAUCGGGAUGUUCCUGCAACAUAUGAAUUCUUCUGGUCACAUGGGAUGAUUUCUGAUGAAGUUGGCCUUACCAUCAUGAAUGAAUGUGAUUUCGAUGACUAUGUCUUUGAGAGUCCUCAUAAUGUAUCCCGCCCCUGCUCCCAGGCCAUAGUUGAAGCAAAUAGAAUCGUUGGUAAUUAUGUGAACAAUUAUGAUGUUCUCCUAGAUAUUUGUUAUCCAUCUCUCGUCGAACAAGAAUUGAGAUUGCGGAAAAUGGCAACGAAGAUAAGUAUUGGUAUUGAUGUGUGUAUGAGCUUUGAAAGGCGUUUCUACUUAAACCUACCUGAGGUUCAGAUGGCACUUUAUGCUAAUCGCACCAAAUUACCUUAUGAUUGGAGUAUGUGCAGUGGUCGUUUAAGCUACAGUGACAGUGAUGGUAACAUAAACAUCCUUCCUAUUCUCAAAAAAAUUAUCCUGAAUGGCAUUCCUGUCUGGAUAUUCAGUGGGGAUCAAGACUCGGUAGUGCCAUUGCUUGGCUCGAGGACACUGGUUCGUGAACUAGCUCAUGACUUGAAGUUCAAGAUUACAGUCCCAUAUGGAGCUUGGUUUCACAAACAGCAGGUUGGAGGAUGGGUGACUGAAUACGGAAAUUUGUUGACCUUUGCCACUGUGAGGGGGGCUGCACAUAUGGUACCAUAUUCACAACCAUCAAGAGCCUUGCAUUUGUUCAGUUCAUUCGUCCAUGGCCGGAGACUGCCGAACAAUAUACAUCCUCCCAUUCAUGAAUGAGAACACUGUAAACCAUACAGCAAAGUGUGAUACAGUUUCAAGUUGUUCCGAGUUUCAGAAUAUGCUCGUCCAAUAGGGUAAUAAAGGAAUAAGGGGGUGUCUCCAGAAGAAAAUGGGGGCAAACCUUGAUUUGUAGUGGCAGAGAGAGAGAGAGAGAGAGAGAGAGAGAGAGAGUUUGAUUGUAGGACUAAAUUCUUUAUGUGAUUGAAAUGGAUGAUCAGGCUCCGAUUAAUUUGAUAAGAGAGAAUAUGGUUUUGAUGAUGGGAAAAUGUAAUUUGAUUCAUUGGUUUAAGGUUUAUAAUUGAAGUGUCUGCA